AUGUAUCAUGUUUAUAUUUUUAUCCUAUUUUAUUCCGUAUUUUUAUUUUCUGAGGUUUUGUUUCAUUCUUUCUUCCUUUCUCGAUCACAUUAUCCAUUGUUUCUUUUCUCUUUUUUGUCUAUCUUUUUUCCUUGUAUAUUUUAUAUAAAUUCUUCUGUCCUUCUUUUUUUAUUUUCUACGCCUGUCUUUCAUUUUUUUUUUCUUUUUCGAUCAUAUAACACAUUGUUUCUUUUCUCUUUUUUUCUUUCUCUAUUUUUGGCUUGCAUAUUUUACAUAAAGUCUUCCGUCAUUUUUUUUAAUAUUCUUCCUGUUUUUCUUUCUUUCUUUUUUUCUUUGUCAUAUCCGCCAUUGUUGCUUUUCUCUUUUUUUCUUUCUCUCUUUUUCGCUUGUGUAUUUUACCUAAUUUCAUUCUUCUUUCUAUUUAUUUUCAAUACCUUACUUUAUUUCAUUCUUUUUUUUUCUCGAUCAUAUCGGCCAUUUUUUUUUCCUUCUUUCGUUCUUUCUUUCGGUUUUCCUUUCGGUCUUUCUUUCUUUUUUUUCUUUCUCGAUUAUAUCAACCAUUAUUUCUCUUCAAAUUUUUGUCUUUUCUUGUCAUUUUUUUUUUUUUUGCACUUGUAUUUUAUCUAA